AGUCUCCAUCCAGCUGGAUCACUGUCACAGGGGAACAUACCACCACACCUCCACCUACAUCCACACCUCCACCUACAUCCACACCUCCACCUACAUCCACACCGACACCUAUGAACACCUCCAUCCCUGCACCAGCCUCUGCCCCUCUUCUUCUCCGUGUGUUAAUGUCUGUUGCACCAGUUUGUGUUGGAUCAGUCUGUGUUGGGGUUCUACUGGUGUUACUGGUUCUGCUGGUGAGACGAUGUGUUCACAGGAAACCUGAAGAUCAAGAAGAAACUGGUGAAGAUAAUAUCAUCUCCCAUGUUAUGUACUGUGUUGUCAAAACAACAAUUCAUUACAUGCCAAAGAGAAGCACAGAGACUGAUUCAGCUGUUCUACUCAGCAGUGAAGAACUGAAGACAUCAGUUAUAGACAAACAACCAUCAGAACAAGGAGGCCCAGACUUUAAACCAGAGCCAGACGUCCUCUACUCUUCACUGAAGUAGUCCACCAGUCCAACCACUGACAUCCAGCUGCUGGUCUCUAACUGGUCCCCCCAGCACCUCAGACCAAUGGACAUCCACAUGUUACAGAGAUUUUAUAGUUUGUAUAGUGUUACUUUUAUUUAUCACUUAAUUAAAUUUUCAUUCCUCUGUUUAAAUCUGCACUUUGAGUUUUCUGUCAAAGCACUUUGUAAACUCUGUUAAAUAAGUUAUAAAGUUUUCCAUUGUUAUUAUUAUAUUAUGUCCCCAGCAAC